AUGUGGAAAUCCUCUCUCCCUACCUUGGUAGCCGACCUCCCCCUUCUGCAGACAGGCCGCUGUCUGAGCUGUCAAUUCCACAACCCAGCAACUCUCUCACAGCUACGAACCAAGCCCUUUUCUCUGCGCCAAUACUCCAACAAGGCCGAGAAACCUAUCGGCAAUAAGGACGCUGUGCCCGCCCCCGUGAAACGAAACAUAAAAAAUGAGGUGCACCGCCUACCCACUGCCAUUGAAUUCAGACAGAACCAGGAUGGACCUCAACCCGGUGACGCAGACUUCGUUCCUCCAACCCUGGACCGGCCCAUCGGUAGCCCGCAAGCACCAUUAGAAGGACAGAACACAGGUAUCGACACGCGGUCGAUGCGCCAACGGCGCGAUGACUUCACCAACUAUGACCGACACAUCAAGCGACGCGCGGAAUUGACAAGACAAGUCGCCAAGCCGUAUUUCCGCGAAUGGUCAAAUCUCCGCUUCGCCGAGGGCAAGACCUUUGUCUCGAACCCACGCCUAUUCAAGGCCGACAAGGCCCUUUACUUCCCGAACAUGCACGGCAUAACUCUAGCGACGCCCAAGGAUCCCCAGAAUACGACGACCCAGCUGCGCGGCAGCAUCUCCGUCGUAAACUUGUUCUCAAGCAUGUGGGCCGAGAGCCAGGUUGCGACGUUUACGGGGCCGAAGCAGAAUCCAGGACUCGUGGAGGCUCUGGCUAGCGGCGGAAGACAUGUGCAGAGGAUUGAUAUCAAUCUCGAGGAGAACCGAUUGAAGGCGUUUUUGGUCAAGACGUUCAUGUGGCGCAUGCGACAGAAAUUACCUGCGACCCAGCAUUCACGGUACUUCCUUGUGCAGAAAGGUUUCGACCAGGCGCUCAAGGAGACUAUUGGCAUGAUGAAUUCCAAAGUCGGUUAUGUCUAUCUGGUUGAUUCAGAGUGUCGCAUCCGCUGGGCGGGGAGUGGACCCGCUGGACCGUCUGAGUUGGAGGGACUUAAUGCUGGUUUGCGCAAGCUUAUAGAGGAGAAGAACGCCGCUCUUCGGGCGCAGGACCCAUCCCGCAAGUAUUGA